AUGGCAAGCUCAACUUCCUCUCCAAAGAAGCCCGCAGUAGUCAUCGUCGGAGCGGGUGCUUUUGGUCUGUCCACUGCUUACCACUUGCUCGAACGUGGCUACACCGGUGUGACAGUACUCGAUCGUGCUGAACAUCUGCCCGCGGUCGAUGCAGCAAGCACUGACAUAAAUAAAGUGGUCCGUUCUUGUUACGGCGAUCCAGAAUACACGCGACUUGCGCGCCAGGCGAUUGAAGAAUGGCGCAAUGAUAUGUGGCAAAACUGCUACCAUGAGUCUGUGUGUGGUGUCCUCAACUUGGGCAAUGCGUACACUGAGCAGUGCAUCAUCAACGAUCUUGAGUACGGCGCCAAGAUCGAGCGCUUAUGUAGUAAUGCAUCCAUCAGAGCACAGUUUCCUUCGGACCUUCGCAAUUCUGGUAGAAUAGGGACGUUCACAUCGUUGGACGUCUCUUCUACAAGCUACAUCAAUCAUGAUGGUGGUUGGGCAGAGGCUGAACGUGCAGUCGGUCUCCUCAUGGAACAUGUGAAGAAACUUGGUGCCAACGUCCUGCCUGGCAAGACAGUUCAAGAAUUGGUCAAAGACGAACGUGGACAAACAAAAGGCGUGCGGUGUACUGACGACUCUAAAUACGAGGCCGAUGUAGUGGUCCUUGCUCUUGGUUCAUGGACCGCGAGUACAUUCCCGUCGUUAAACCUGACGGGAAAGUGUCUUGCUACAGGUCAAAGUAUAGCGACGAUUCAACUAACGCCGGAGGAGGCAGAUGAAUAUCGCAAGACACCUGUUGUACUUGAUUUCAGGACCGGUUUCUAUGUUUUCCCACCAACAGAUCGUGACGUAGUCAAAUUUGCAAUCCACGCUGCUGGACACACCUUUGCAGUCCCCGGAUCUACCAGAUCGACUCCGAGGACGAUCGUCUCUGACCCAGACAACGGCCUGUGUAUACCACGGUCGGCCUUAAAGGAGCUAAGGACUCAGCUGCGAGGUGUAUACCCUGCACUUGCGGAGAAACCCUUCAGUGGGACAAGGCUGUGUUGGUAUACCGAUUCGCCAGAUGGCGAUUGGGUCAUCGGACGCUAUCCCGGCGAUUCGGGACUGGUGCUGGCAACCAGCGGAAGUGGACAUGCGUUCAAGUUCCUCCCUACCUUGGGGAAGCUUGUGGCCGACGUUAUAGAAGAUAAGCUAGACCCCAAACUUGCAGCACGGUUUGCUGUCGACCGACAGGUGAAACCUCCCAACCGCGAGCGAAUGUCAAUUGUUUCUCAGGAGCUCAACAUCGAUGAAUUAUGCGGGCCGGAGGAUUUGAUAUAA